AAGCCUCACCGUUUGUCCCUCACCCACAGUCUGGUGUUGCACUAUGGCCUCUAUAAGAAGAUGAUGGUUUUCAAGCCGUACAAAGCCUCUCAGCACGACAUGUGUCGGUUCCACUCUGAAGAUUACAUAGACUUCCUGCAGAAGGUCAGCCCCAACAACAUGCAGGGCUUCACCAAGAGCCUGAACACCUUCAACGUAGGAGAUGACUGUCCUGUGUUUCCAGGUCUGUUUGAGUUCUGUUCCAGAUACACCGGAGCGUCUCUGCAGGGCGCCACGCAGCUCAACCACAAGAUCUGUGACAUCGCCAUCAACUGGGCUGGAGGUUUACAUCACGCCAAAAAGUUUGAGGCGUCGGGGUUUUGCUACGUGAACGACAUCGUCAUCAGCAUCCUGGAGCUUCUAAAGUACCACCCCCGCGUUCUGUACAUCGACAUCGACAUUCACCAUGGCGACGGGGUCCAGGAGGCCUUCUACCUGACGGGCAGAGUCAUGACCAUGUCCUUCCACAAGUACGGGAACUACUUCUUCCCAGGAACAGGUGACAUGUAUGAGGUGGGGGCCGAGAGCGGCCGCUACUACUGCCUGAACGUCCCGCUGAGAGACAGCAUCGAUGACCAGAGUUACAGGCAGUUGUUCCAGCCGGUCAUCAAGCAGGUGGUGGAUUUCUACCAGCCCACCUGCAUCGUCCUGCAGUGUGGAGCCGAUUCUCUGGGCUGUGACAGACUUUGGAAAAGACUUGAGAACUCUUUUCUCCUGAUGUCUACAGAAUAUUUCGAGUACUUUGCUCCAGACUUCACUCUGCAUCCUGAUGUCAGCACCAGGAUCGAGAACCAGAACUCCAGACAGUACCUGGAACAGAUCCGUCAGACCGUGUUUGAGAACCUGAAGAUGCUGAACCACGCGCCCAGCGUCCAGAUCCACGACGUCCCGUCAGACAUGCUGAACUACGAGCGCACAGACGACCCCGACCCGGACGAGAGGGGAGCUGAGGAGAACUACACCCGACAAGAGGCAGCCAACGAAUUCUACGACGGCGACCAUGACAACGACAAAGAGAGCGACGUAGAAAUUUAAAGCUGAAGGAUUUCUGAAGAUUUGACCAAAAGAGACAAAGAGCCGAUUUGGACAGUUAAGGAUUUGGAAUACACUUCUGUUUUCUUCUAUGUGGUUUUUGUGUGUGCUUUAUUUUUUUUUAAUAAAUGUUUUUAGCUUUUA